AUGCAGCUGUUGACCAUUCCAUCUGCUAUGUUUUUCGACUUAGUUUCCUUUGUCUUAAUGGCCAAGAACAAACCGAAGAAAACCAAAUCCAAUCGAAAAGCAAGACGUGGGACAAAGAAGGGUGGAACCGGAGGAGGUGAAGGCAAAUCUGGGAAAGUCAAACACAAAAGCCGUGGGCGAAAGCCAACGACCGGGCCAAAAGCAGCUGGCAAAGGCAGCAGUAAAGGCAAAAAGUCUCCCAAAGAAACAAAGAGGUCAAAGGGAGCAGGAAAAGGAUCUGGUUCCAAAAAGGAAGACAAGGCAACUGCCACAAAAAGAAAGGCAGAGCCUCCUGUAGAUGAACCGGAGGCGAAGAAGGGCAAAAUCCUUUCUGCAAAGCAGAAGCGAAAGAAGGAGGUUACCAAACUUUACAGUGAGCUGAUUAAUCCUGGAAGGACUCUCAAAGCAGAUGUCAUCGUCAAGGAUAUCCUCGAAGCCCUGAGCAAGCGCUCUUCCACCAUGGCUGAGUACUGCUCAACCAACCUGGGUGCUCGCGUGAUUGAGGCUUGCCUCAAGUGGGGUACCAAAGAACAAAGGCAAGAUUUGCUGUCGCGAUGUUCGGGGGAGCUGCCGAAGAUGGCGCAGGACAGGUAUGGACACCAGGUCGUGCUCAAACUCCUGCUUUAUGCUUCGAAGACGUCUUCACAGCGAAAGCCAACUGAAGAAGAAAAAAAGGUCCAGGCGAGAAAUAUGCGAGAAAUCCUGGACAAGUUCUCUGGAAAGAACCUUCAUGCAACUUUCUUCCAUAGAUAUGGUUGCAGGGUGAUCAAUGGUCUCUAUUUCUCAACGACUGUCAAAGCCGGCGACAAAAGGAGACUUCUGCACAGCAUCGCCAUACCAGAGGCAGUUGCACUGCGGCGACCAGAGCUGCCCAGCAGCCAGCCCUUGCGCAAAGUGCUUCAGGCAGAGGAUCUGACGGAGCAACAGAAAAAGAGCAUCGCACAGCACCUUGAAGAAGCUGUUGAAAAAGCCAUUGAGAAGGAAUUGCUGGGUCUAGACAUCGUUCACCUACUCCUUCAGGCAUUCUGUGAAGUAGCUACAGAUUCGCAACUUACACAGCUUGCAGAACAGUGCAUGGAUGGUGCAGCUUAUCUCUUGUCAUCGAAGGCUGGAGCUGAGGCUCUUUUGAGACUUUUGGGGAUAGCCAAUGCAAAGCAGCGAAAGGCGCUUUGCAGAGAUCUCAAGGGUAAGUUUGCUGCUCUAGCCAAAAACGCGGUGGAUUACGUGGUCAUGAUUCGAUUGGCCACAACUGUAGAUGACACGGUGAUGCUCUCCAAGAGCAUGGUUGCGGAAUGGCUUCAGGACAUCGAGGAUUUGUGCUUUGACAAAUACGGUCACAAAGUGUUGGCAUGGCUGCUGCAGCCAGAUGAUCAGCGCCUGUUUUCGCCCUAUGAGCGUAAGUGUGUGGCCUUGCCGUCCCCUACCUCACUCAAGGCACCAGAGGCCAGACGACAGGAGCUCGUGCGCAUGCUGAAGCCGGCAAUUCGUGGUGUGUUUCUCCAGAAGCCUCUGGAAGCAGCUGGCGACAACAGCGCCAAGGCCUUGAGUGGUGACACUUGGUGUGUGGGUUGUGGCGCGUGGGAAGCCCUUGGGAAGGAGCUGACCAAUAGGUGGUCGGGCCCCCAAGGUCUCAGGGCUGUGGCUGACAGCCUCGUGCUGAGCACCACCCGGGAAGUCCGGGCUCUGAGGUCACUGGGUGCUGGGUUUCCCCGUGCGCCUGGUGGCCAAGGAGCUGGAACCCAGGCGGCGCCAGCUGAGCGGUCCGGAGUAGCUGGCGAAGGCCGUGCUACUUCAGGACUGUCGGCCAAAUCCGCGGCCAAGCCCCACAAAGGCGGGUCGGAGGACGCCGAGGAAUCGUACGAGUACACGUACGAAACUGAGACAGAAGAGGCCGAAAAAGAGGAUACCAGAAAGGUUGACAAGAGGCCUGUAGAGCCUGCGAGGAGCCCGCCUAAAGACAAGAGAGGACAAAGCGCCACAACCAGAGGAGAAGUCAAGGAAGAAGAAAAAGAAAGGAGUCCAGAAAUCAAGAGAAGGUACCAAGAAGGACGCGACAGAGAAGAAGAGAAGCCAAGAAAGAAAGAACGCGGUGAGGAGAAGCGAGAAACAGAAAGGCAUUCAGAGAGGAAAGGACGAGAAGGAGAGAGACGCAAGAAAAGGGACAGAGAAGGAGGAAAGAGAGACGCUGAGAAGGACCCAGAAGAUCCCAACGUCAAAAAGAAGAAGAAGAAGAAAAACAAACACAGAGGAGGCCGCAAGCACAAGCGGUUAGGCCUGGGUUGGAGACCAGGUCAGACAGAAGAGACCACUGAGAUGGCCGAGGACGAGCCUAGAGGCUCUGAGCCCCUCUUGAGAGGAGCUGAAUCUGGCGUUUGGGUCAGGUUUGAGGAAAGAGAAGUAUGGGAAAAGUUUGCUCCGAAGCCUGGCGACGUGGUCGAGUUCGAGAUAGGACUUGUGCCUGGCCACGAGGGAAGUGUUGGAGAAGCAGCCCUCAUGGUGACCGAGGUCGAGUCGCUGGCCGAUGGGAGCCAAAACCUUCAUGGGCGAUUCAUUGGCUGCAGCGACGAGACCGUCUCCAAAGCAUUGAGCUCUCUGAUCAACCGUCGUGGAGGGCCCUUGCACCUAUGCUUGGUAGCACCUUGCUGGGAAGGAGACGAGCACUACGCGGUGCAUGUGGCGGCAGCGCGCUGGUUCGACCGCGAGCUGUUCGAGGCGUCUUACAUGAAACCCUGGGGCCGCUUGGUGCUGAAGGAGUAUGGCGAGAUGAUGGCGGAGAAAGGCAAGGGAGACAGAAAGCCCGCCUUGAGAAGGCCGGCCACCCGUGGCACUCCCAAGGCAGGACCCAAGAAGGACGACCAGGCGCGAGUCAGAAGGAGAAGGAAAAAGGACGAGACCGCGGAUGCAGGCGCUGGCCUGCGAGAAAAACUCAAGGCCUUGCGGGGGAGACUGCAUCGAGGAGAGGAGCCCAAGAAGGCCGAGGCGAUCCUGAUCACGGAGAGCGAGGAGUCUACAGAGGAAAGCAGUGCGGCCGAGGAGACAGAGGAACAUGUAACACGGCUGAGCGUAGGAGACAAGCUGGCCAGGGCCGAGCUUCCUGCGCUGCUGGACAUGAAGAAGGAACGAGGAGCGGAAUCCCCGAGGAGAGCAGAUCCCAAGAAAGCCAAGAAGAAGCGGAAGAGUCCCGGCGACCCUCAGGCUCAGCUGCUGGCCCAGGCCGCGCAGACCAGAGCUCUGAAGGUUGCCGCGGACAAGAAAAAGAAGAACAAAGGAAGUGGAGGUGGAUCAAGAAAUGUAAAGGCAUUGGUGGAGGCCCUGAUAGAGGAGAAGACGGGCAAAGAGCAGAAGGACGCAAAGAAAGAUUCGAAGAAGAAAAAGAAGAAGAGGAGAGUUCAAGGAGGAGACGACCCGGGGUCCUCGAGCAGUGGGGACGAAAGCGACAGGGACCUCGAGGAGGCGGAGACCGACAGCUCAUCGAGCGAGAUGUUGGCCCCCUUACAGAAGAAAUCGAACAAGAGGCCUGGAGCUGUUCUUCAAAUGUUGGUCCAACACGCAAAGGCCACGUUGGACCAAGCGGCAGUGGUGGAGACGGAGGCCAGCAAGGAUGUGACGGGCGGCGUGAAGCUGGCGACGUACUUCAACUUGAUGGUGCGGCCCUAUCACAGCCCGAACAGCCGCGACAUGAAAGAGUUGAACCACCUCGCUGUCUGUCUGGACGAGCUGAGGUCGGGUCAACUCGGUCGCUUAGGCGACUCGUUGGCGGCCCGUUUCCUGGCAAUCCACACGGCGGUAAACGACGGGAGCUGGCAGAGCGCCCAACACCUGGAGCUUCACCCUCUCGAAGCAGCCCAGGGUGCUCCCAUGUCGUUGCUGCUCGAGGCCAGGAAGCAUGGCAGGCUGGUCAACAGGAGCCAAGGCCUGGAGCCAUGGAGAAGGGGCCGAGGAGACGGCGAUGGCUGGCGCAGCUCUGGCAAGGGCGGAGAAGGAAAAGGAAAAGGAAAGAACAAGGGCAAAGACUCAGCAAAAGGAGGAGGAGGCGGCGCGCAGUGGCAGCAAGGAGCGACGUGGCAAAAGUGGCAAAAGGGCAGGAACUGGUGGGCGUCACAACAGGACAAGACAGAUGGCAAGGAUGCGAAGGGAGCCUCGAAGGAGGCGAAACCAGGUUGGAGGGUCUUUGGAAAGAUCUUGGAAGGGGCUGACAGUAUGCGGAAAACCGGGUGCUUGCUCGCUUGGCUGGCCGUCCGUGCUGAGCAGGUGAGCACCUUGGAGGGGACGCUGAAUUUGCUCUCUUGCGUCCUCCCCGGGUUUGGUGCUGGCUGCUGUGCCGUGCAUCGCUUCCGCAAGAAGGAGGCUUUCCCUAUCAGGCUAGGCAAGCUUGAAGGGAUUCUGAACACCUUGGCCAGCUUAGACUAUGACGAGGUGAACAGCAGUGGCUUUGUAAGGGCCCAUAGUGAAGAGUGCUGGACGCUCCUGUCCGUGCAUUUUUCUAAUUGGAUGCAUGGAAGCCGAGUGACGCCCUCUGGGCGCUGGCGAAAGAGCGAUGUGACCGCCGUUUCAACUUUGCGCGCCGCUGUACAGAGGUCUCUUAGCCAGGAUGCAGAACUCGGACGGUCCGAAGAGGCUGUGGAAAAAGAGUUGAGUAGCCGUUUUGUCAGCUACAGUGGCGAAGAAAUCCCGAAAAUGGAGCCCUUAACUUUUGAUCAAAUACUUCCUGCUCUUCCCCCCAAAGAACAUGGCGGCUCUAUUGAUGUGCUGAAGUGGACAAAGGGUCGAACUAGGUCAUUUUUGCUUCAUCCUGAAGAUUGUUUAGUAGCGGACGAAGGGCAGAUCCUGCCCAAGUUGCAAGCUAAAGUGCACAUUUUGGGUGAUGACAAGAUGCUGGUUGCGAAUCUUUUGGUGGAAAGGCACAUUUGCGAUUGGAUUGAGUUAGACUCGGUGAUCCAGUUCAGAGGUGAGCGAGUUUUGAACGGUAUGUUUGGUGUGGCUAAAACAGCAACGCUUGCUGAUAACAGACCACACCUGAGAGUGAUCAUGAAUCUCAUCCCUUCCAAUUCCAUCCUGAUGCAGUUGUCUGGAUGCGUACAAGAAUUACCUGCUGUGACCCAGUACCUCUCCUUGGUUCUUGAAGACACCGAAAGCUUGCGGCUAUGCCAAAACGAUAUGACUUCUGCGUUCUACCUCUUUUCUUUGCCUCGCGUUUGGCUAAGGUUCCUCUCUUUCAACCUGGUUGUCUCUGGCAAAGAAAUCGGACGAGACCCUCAAAAGAAGUUUUGUCUGGCAUGUGGAGUAUUACCCAUGGGAUGGAGUUCGGCAGUAUCCGUUAUGCAAGAGAUCAGUCAGCUGCUAGUGGAAUCUGUGAAACUUCCUCAACCGCUUCAAGUCAAGAGAGACAGACCUCUACCUGUCUGGCUGUGUAAAGUUCUUGAGGAUUCGCAGGAGAAAGGUUGCCCGUGGUUUCAUGUCUAUCUUGACAAUUUCUUCUCUGGGGAGCGCUUGGUUGAGGGAGCGUGUGAUGGGGAAGCAAAAGGGUUGCAGGAACUGGCUGAGGAGGCAUGGAACGCGGCGGGGGUGCUCUCCGCGGAAAAGAAGAAGGUAGUGAACUCGGAAGAGGCUCAGGAGCUGGGGGCUUUGUUCUCUGGGAGGUCGCGUUCUCUGGGUGUCUCAGGUUUGCGAAUGGUCAAGCUCCUCCAGACCACCUUCCUUCUCUUAAGCAAGCAUACGGUUCCACGAAAGUGGCUUCAGGUUGCUGUUGGGCGCUGGGUUCAUGUUCUUCAGUUCCGUAGAGCUGGCAUGGCCGGGCUCCACUGGAUCUGGAAAUGGAUUUCAGGCAAAAGGUUGACCAUGCGAGAACAAUGCUCUGCACGUCAAGAACUGCUUAUGCUUGUUAUGGGAGGAUGCUUGUUCCACUCUUUCUUGGGUGCGCAAAUCAGUGAUGUUGCAACUGCGUCAGAUGCGUCAGGUACAGGAGGUGCAGUGGGCCAGGCCAGGGAGUUGUCGCAGGAGGGGAAGGACUUUGCGAGGUCAAUCUUGGAUGAACGAGCAGCUCCUGUGAAGGUGCCGAUACUGGUGGUUUCGCUCUUCAACGGGAUAGGCUUCCCAUGCGUAGACUUGUCAAAGGUGAAAGCUUUUAGACAAAAUCUCCAUGGCGAGCAGUCAGGCUUAUUCCGCGAAGUUUUGAGAGUCCUAGAGCUUCUUCGUCAGGUCUUUGGUCGUAAGUUCAAGGUCUUCUUCUUUGUUGAAAAUGUCUCCUCAAUGGACAAGGAAGCUGCUGCUGAGAUUAGCCAAUCCCUGGGUGUUUUCCCGUACAAAGUCCAAUGUUCUGAUGCGGUGCCUAUUUCACGUCCUAGGUUUUGCUGGACAAAUCGUGAGGUGUCUGGUCUCGCGGGGGUUCGGGUUGUUCGCAAAGAAGGUUUCUGGGAGAUCAUCGCGGAGGCUCCUUACCCCCUUCUACAUCAGUGGAUUCGAGAAGACAGCGAGUGGCCCGGCCAUGAGCAAGGUCAUGUGCUCCCAACAUGUAUGAAAGCGAUUAGGCGAUCACGACCACCUCCUCUACCGGCAGGCUUAGACCGGACUCCCUCUGCUGCUCAACGCAGAUGGGCUGCUGACAAUUUCAAGUACCCUCCUUACCAGUAUAAGGAUCAGUAUGUUUUCUGGAGUGCUCAUGGAUGGAGAUUGGCAGAGGCAUCUGAGAGAGAGUUACUUCAUGGUUAUGGUUGGGGGCACACGGCUGUGUGCUUCUCGGCAAGUGAAAUCAAGAAGAGCUGGACAGCAUAUGAGGAUCAGAGAUGCUCGCUUAUUGGAGAUUCGUUUAGCGUGUACUCCUUCAUCAUUUUCGCGUGGUCCUCCUGCGCGCGCUUCCUCCCUUCUCUCUCUUACGAGCAAAGGGCUCGCAGGGGCAUUGUCCUGCGAGACGCUGGAAUCUCUCCGAAGACCCAGGGCCGCUACUACAAUGCUGUCCGACAGUUGAGCAAAGCAGUAUUUGACGUCUCCACGAUGGAAGACAUGGAUGACCAGAUAGCGGAUUGGAUAGAAACCGAGUUUCACAAAGGAUCACCACUGAACACCAUUGGUGAUGCAUUGAGCGGAAUUCAUUACUUUUUGCCUUCAACACGAAAGAAGCUCCCCCUCAGUUGGAAACUUUUCGGGGUAUGGCGAAAAAUGGAGGUGCCUGCUAGAGCUCCCCCCAUUCCAGCUGACUUGCUUUGGGCCAUGAUGUCCAAAUGUUUGGCUCACGGUCAAUUUAGCUUGGCGUCGCUGCUUGGUUUGGGGUUCGAUUGCUUUCUCCGAACAGGAGAGCUCUUAGCUAUUAGGCCCAUCGACCUCUUACUCAGAGGUGAGAAAGGAAUUGUUUCAUUGCCGACCUCUAAGGGUGGAACCCGGCACAAUGUUAAGGAAUCUGUCACGAUUCUUAACAAGAAACUCAUUGUGUUGCUGGAGCAGCUUUUAGAAGAAAAACGGAGCCAGCAUCUGAUGCGGGUGCCCAUUUGGACAAAGAGCGGGACUGAAUUUCGCCAUGAGUUCUACAAGCUCACCAAAUUUUUCCAAGUGGAGCAUUUGAGGUUUAGUGGGUAUAGCCUCAGACGAGGCGGGGCCACAGCCUACUUUAACAAAACAGGCCUGAUGGAGAAGACCCUGCUCCGAGGCAGGUGGGCCUCAAUCUCCGUAGCGAGACUUUAUUUAUGCGAUGCUUUGUCGCAACUCCCCACUUUAGUGGCUUCGCCCCAGACCCAGCAGCUGGUUGCACACUUUGGCGCUUUUUGGUCCUGA